CCUGACCCCUCUUCUUGCUCCCCAGAUCCGCGCUAAGGAGGCCCGGCGGCUGCAGGCGCUGAUGACGCGGGCGGCGGGGCAGGAGGAGCGGCUGGCCGUGCUGGGCAGACUGCCGGCCAUGGCCCGCAUCCUGCGUGGGGUCUUUGUGGCCGAGAAGAAGCCGGCGCUGCCCUUGGAGCUGGCGUGUGUCCGUCUGGCCGACAGCUACCCCACCCAGAUGGCAGCAGGGGAGAUGGAGAAGCACCUGCGGCUCCUGGCUGAGCUGCUGCCGGACUGGGUGACAAUCCACGCCCUCCGCACCGACACCUACAUCAAGCUGGACAAGAACGUGGACCUCAGCCUCGUCACCGAGAGGCUGGAGAAGGCGGCCAAGGAGGCAGAAGCCCUUUGAGUCCUGCUGGAGUCCGGGCUUCCCCUGUGCAGUUCUCUGUUCCUCAAGUGCAGCGAGCUCCGGCCGCGCUCUGGGAGCGAAGCGGGUGUCGAUUGAGUUAGUUCUUCUGUUGGGUCCCUGCAGAUUGCAGCUGUCUCUAAGGCUGAAGGCAGUCCAGGGUCGUGGGUGAGAUCUGGAGCUUCCAGCCUCCUUUGUGCCAUGCCCUGGAUGGACACAGGGGCUUCUUCUGUUCGCUGGGAGCAAGGAGGAAGGAGGGAGAGAAGUUACAAAGCGCUGUUUUUGGUGUUUGGGUCUGGUUGUGUUUUUAAGGGAGGGAAGCACAUCUCCAGCACUCGCUGGAAACGACGACAGGACUUGUCAAAACACAUUUAUAUUAAAUGUUUUAAGUAGA